UCUUUAAACACGAGUCCCUCCGGGAGGGGAGCCUUGCGCAAAGCGGCCUGCCCCACCGGAGGAAAUUUAAAAAUGGACCUUCAGAAAUACUAGGUUUACAAUGAGAGGCGUCACAUUUCAAUGUUUAUUCUACGGAUCCUUGAUAUUUGGGAUCUGGACAGCUCUGUUGUAUGUAUAUAUUCACCAUAAUCAUGUAAGCAACUUGGAGAAGAAAAACCAGGGGCCUGCAUUAAUUUGGUCCCUUGGAAAAAAAUUGCAACAGCAAAUUACCCGGGACCCCAAGCAAAUACCGAGACUGCGUGUAAGAUUUGAAAUGCCUGACAAAUAUGAAACUACAGAAUACAAAACCUUUUUAAGAUCAGGUAAAGAUACUAACUAUUCAAAGCCAGAAUAUAUUGCUGGAUUUUUAAAAUAUGGAUUUAAUGCCAUUCUCAGUAAAAGCUUGGGCAGUGAGAGAGAUGUGCCAGAUACGAGGAAUAAAAUGUGUCUUCAAAAACAUUACCCAGCCAACCUACCUACUGCCAGCGUGGUUAUUUGCUUCUACAAUGAGGAAUUUAACGCCUUGUUUCGGACCAUGUCCAGUGUCAUAAACCUCACUCCACAGUACCUCCUUGAAGAAAUUGUUUUGGUAGAUGACAUGAGCGACUUUGAUGAUUUGAAAGAGAAACUAGACCAUCGCCUGGAAAUUUUUCGGGGAAAGAUUAAAUUCAUAAGAAACAAGCAGAGAGAGGGACUGAUCCGAUCGAGGCUGAUUGGAGCCGCUCGUGCUUCAGGGGAUGUGCUUGUGUUCCUGGAUAGCCACUGCGAGGUGAAUCGUGUGUGGCUGCAGCCUUUGCUGCAUGCCAUUGCCAAGGACCCCAGAAUGGUGGUGUGUCCUCUGAUAGACCCCAUCGACCACGAGACCCUAGAGCACAGGCCCUCUCCGGCAGUAAGGGGCGCUUUCAACUGGCAUCUAGAGUUUAAAUGGGAUAACGUUUUCUCUUAUGAGAUGGAUGCACCAGAAGGAUCCACUAGACCCAUCCGGUCACCUGCAAUGGCUGGAGGAGUUUUUGCUAUAAAUAGGCAUUAUUUUAAUGAGAUUGGACAGUACGACAGGGACAUGAAACUCUCGGGAGCAGAAAAUUUGGAACUUUCACUAAGGAUCUGGAUGUGUGGAGGCCAACUUUUCAUACUUCCCUGCUCGCGAGUGGGACUCAUCAAUAAGCCGCGCUUUCCCAGUCGACCUGGUUUUAUGAAAUCUGUGACCUAUAACAAUCUCAGAUUGGUGCACGUUUGGCUGGACCAAUACAAGGAGGAGUUUUUUUUACGACAACCUGGUCUGAAAUCUGUUGCCUAUGGAAACAUCAGCGAGCGCGUUGAACUGAGGAAACGGUUGGGUUGCAAACCAUUUCAGUGGUAUUUGGAUAACGUCUUCCCAGAACUGGAGACCUCUAAGGACAGCCAGAGAAAAGGAAACAAAAGCUUCUCGUUAAUGAAGGGCUAAAAACCUCUGAGGUCUUCAACACAGCAGAGAACACAGUUCCAGACCUGACGCGAGUUUGGAACAACAUGAAAUUAAGUGACGUGCAGUAAGAAAUACAACCAGAGUGCCUUUCUGUCUUCCUUUAACGAUAGUUCUUAACACUUUGUUACACAUGCCACUACAUUUCUGGGGCAGCAAAACCUUGGACGUUAGAAAUAUACACGGUCACACAGAUGAGACUGUCAUACAGUUGUGGGAGGUGAAGUGUAUUCUCUUCGUUGUUUGUCAGACUCACUUGGUCCUGUUGGACCAUAGGGAAGGGUCCACUUUUGGAGACUCGGUCAACUCCAUUCACUCCAGGCAGGUGACCUGGCCUGGUGGCCUGCUCAGAAAGACAUUCACAGAGAGUGUUGGUUGGUACAUACCGACUUCAGCUCAACUGUUUCGAGCUCCUCUCUUGCUGCCAGUGUAGAUAUUGGAACUGAUCCCUUGCUUGGUUGGGUUCCUGAGUUUCCGACGUCCCAUCCACUUGCUGUGGUGUCCAGUUCUCUAGGCCAGCCUUCUGGUUUGUGUCUGUCCUUUUGUCAUUAGGAGACAGUCCCUCUUCCCUGCUUCCAGUUUUGCCUUGUUCAUAUUUUUCCCCUCCCAUGGCUCUGGCUUACGGCUCUCCUGACCUUUCUUGGAGUGUGCACUCUGUUGUUAAUCUAUGUUCUGACUAAGAACUGUUUAGCUGGGACUGGAGAAGAAGUAGCUAAGUUCCCUAUCUACCCUGUGUGAACACACUCCCAAACGUCUAUUUUUA